AUGGUCGAAAUAUCCGUUAGUGUUCUAACGGACUAUGCUCGCGGACUAAUUGACUCAAUCACCGGUUUUCACUUACUUUUCUAUUUGGACAACGAUGAGCAGCAGACGGUUGUACAACAUCAGGCACGACCUAAUGCGGAACGGACAGUAUUACAGAAAAGGCGAGAGAGGAGUGGCAGCAAUCGGCCAACUGUUGUAACGUCUGCUGAUGAGGUGGCACCACGGGUUAAAGCAUGGAUAAGGGUUGUUCAAUGUGCCGGUAUCAACAUCUUGAUAGCAGUUGUGCUUCAAGUGCUCAGCUACCUCCUCCCGAAGAUCGGCAGCUUUCUCACAGAAGCCCCUACAAACGGAGUCGCCAACUUUGUCUCCGUAGCCGGAAUCUUUCCCAUCUACGUCUUCUCCCGGAUAGUCAAUGCUCUCUGGUUCUCAGACAUCGCCGGCGCUUGCAAACGUGCCCUCAAGAUUCAAGAAUGCCGACCCGUUGAUUUUCGAAACUUCAUCUCCGACUUCAUCAACGCGAUCCUGCUAGAAUUCUUCUUCCUCCUACAAUCCGCCGCAGUUAUGCACAUCCCAAUCCCAGUCGUAGCUCCGGUGCUUUCCUUUGUUCAUCUGACGCUCCUCCACUCAAUGUAUUGUUUCGAAUAUUAUUGGAUGGAUCGGCGUGAGAUGCUGAAUGCUCGAGUCGCAAUUAUGCAAGCCAGCUGGGUGUACUUUGUCGGUUUCGGGACACCGUUGACUGUGGCAGCCUGGCUGGCUCCAAAUUUCAUCGUCGGGGGCUGCGUGUUCGGUGCUCUGUUUCCGCUCUUCAUUAUCAGUAGUUUCAAGGCGGCCUCAAAGCGUUCGGGUGCUUUCUCGACAUCAUGUCACGUGCCUUCACUACGCGUCUUUUACCCCUCAUCAAUGCUCACCGACGGCAUCGCUACCUUCUUGGCCCGUCAUAUCCUCUCCCAGCGC